CAAGCAGAAAGAUGUUGGUUUAUCAUUUCCAUUAGAAAUUCUUACAAUACAAAUAUUAUCUACAAAUAUUAUGCUAAUAAAUCUCUUUUUAUUUAUUCACAGUGUUUACAUACAGAUUAUAACCUCAAUAAAUUUGUUUAGUAAACAUACCAGAUAAUAAAGAUAAAUGUCGAAUGAUGUUUUACGACCAUUACCUAAGAUAUAAAUAUGUUGAAGUUGCUUUGAAUGCCAACAGUUUCGAGCAAAUUAAGCUAAGCGCAGGAUUUUUGGUAGAGCAAGAGAUUUUCCAACGUACCAAGAACCAAAGAAGAGUAAAAAAAGAAAACAUGUCUGACAAAAUUAUCGCACUAUGUUUACUUUUUGUGGCGGCAGCAUCAGCCACUAGUACAUGUGGGGAGUGUGGCGCUAACUACGUUGCAUGCAUAACUAAUACAACCUAUAAAAUUUGCACAGAGGAAGAUGGAUCAACAACUUUAAGUCCCAUCGGUGAUGAUAUUUAUGAAUGUCAGGACGGUACAUACUGCACUAGUUCAGAUAAUGUCUGUGAGUCGGACCCAUCUUCAAGCAAUAACAUUAUUGUAUGUAACGAAUCAACACCUUCGUGUGGCAGUAGUUGUCAGGGUAAGGCAAGUGGAAAGAUGAUUUGCUCAAGUUCAACACAAUUUGCCCUAUGUAUAAAUGAAGUCGCCUCCGAUCCAUUAUCAUGCCCAACAAAUCAAUAUUGCAGUGAGGAUCUAUACAAUUUUAAUUUGAAGAAAGUUUGUGCGCCACUGGAAACAUUGGAUUUCCUUGAAGCACAAAUAACAUGCCCUUCCACCGAAGAGAUAACUCCAACGACCCAGUCUACAACUCCAACAACAACGACAACGCAAUCACAAGCGUAUCUAUUAAGCGCAUGCAAUAAUUCGACUGAAACUAGUUACUAUUUUCAAGUAGCAAAUCCGGCGAAUUGUAAUACAUACAUUUACUGUGAACGUAGCGGCUCAAGCUUCCUUGCAUUAGAGAUGAAUUGCAGAAGUGGUCUCUAUUACAGCGCAGCUCAGAAGAAAUGUAUUCAGGCGACAGAGUGUCCGAAUUAAUAUUUAUUAGUAAUCAGUAUAUACAUACAUAUGUAUGUGCGAAUAUUUAUAGAUCCGAAAUCGUGAAAUUGGCACACAAAAAAAUUUAGCAAAUAUUAU